AUGGAUGGAACCGGAAACGGUGCCGAACCGGCCAGAUCGGCCAUACCUGCGGAAGCAGCGGGAACUAGCAGCCUUCCCGCGAGCCAGUUGCCGUGGCAGCAGAUCCCCUCCUUCAAUCCGCAGGAGACAGACAUUCAGGUGUACAGCAGGAAACUGCAGUUUCUGAAGGCCAUUUGGCCACCAGAACAUGUGUCGCAAUUGGCACCCAGAGCGGCCUUGCAGGUGGAAGGGGUGGCCUUUCAGAAAGUGGCUCGCCUUGACCCUCAGACUUUGCGGAGUGAAGGGGGAGUCCAAUACCUGGUAGAGGCUUUGGGCGGCCAGUGGGGCAAAUUAGCUAGUGAAGAAAAGCUGGCCUACUUCGAGAAGGCGAUCUACCAGACAAUCCAGCGAAGUGAUGAAACGAAUGACAGCUAUCUGGCACGCCACGAUGUGGCAUUCGAAGACCUUGCAUCUCACAAGGUGCCCAUGGAGGAGAUUCGAGCCUACGUGUUGCUGCGACAGUCACAGCUGAGCUCUGAGGACCGCAAACGCAUCAUCCUGGAGAACAAGGGUGACCUCUCCUACGAAAAUGCUCGGAAAGCCCUUCGACUGUUGGGAGCCAAAUUCUUCCAGGAGCUCCAAGGGGUGAAGCCGAACAAAAAGACCUAUGACAUCAACAUCACCGAUGGUGCAUCAGAAGAGACAGCAAUGGUCCUCUCGGAGAACGAUGGCCGCGAUGAGGACACCGUCUUCCAAGUCAUGUAUGAUGAGGGAGAUGAGGAUGCAAUCUUCAUCAAUGACUUUGAGGAGACGCUCAUCGAAGUUGCUCAGGAGUCUCCAGAGCUUGCGAGCUGUUAUGCAACGUACCUUGAGGCCAGAACAAGACUCAGGGAACGAGCACGAAUCAGGGGCUUCUGGCCGAUGAGUGGUCCAGGUGCCAGCAAGGGCAAGGGGAAGAAAGGAAAGAUGGGGUCCAAGGGCACCAAGUUCCGAUCUUUAGCAGAUCGAAUUGCCUCAUCAGCCUGCAGGAAAUGUGGACAAUUUGGGCAUUGGAAGCGGGAGUGCCCCCUCAACCUCACCAAGGGGGACAACAAGGGCAAGGGCACCACGGAGACCAUCUCCAUCGCAGAGGCGCUCUUUGCCCAUCCCGAAGAUCACGAGGAUCAGAUGCCUGCCAUGGAGUUGAUCGACGAGCUCCCAGAAUCUGCCGAGGACUUAGGUCUCCAAUCAGAUCGAGUGUACAUGGAUGCACCCGAUCGGCAGUACAAAGUCCCACCAGGGAUCACGAAUCUGCAGCAGUGGGGCGAGACCAAGAUCCCCUCGGGAGUUCAACAGGGACAGACAUUUGCGGAGGUGUACAACAAUCAUCCCUGUUACAUUUUCCAGAUCCGAAACCGCAAAGCGGUGUCACCGUGGCUGAGGAAUCUACAGAACUACGUGAUUGCCCGGCAGAAGUACGAAACACUGAAUCAGAUUCCCAUUCUGCCAUCAUCGGCAGGAUCGGGGCAGUCAUCGAAGUCACCGACAACCACUCGACCUUCGGCACCUCAGGGAAAGGCCGAAAAAGGGUGGGAAGUGAUCACCAAGACAGGAGCAUCGUCCGCCAAUGCCAAGAAGACUCAGGCAUCCAAGCGGACCACAUCCGAUUGGGAGCAGCCCAACAAGACCAAGAUGACCGUGGAACAGAAUGCCGAGCGAGUGCAACAGAUCCAGACACAGAUUGCCCUCCUUCAGAGGGAGCUGGCGCGAGAGACACAGAUUCCGGAGGAAGAGGACAUCUGUAGUGUAAAGGCACCAGGUGAACCAUGGGUGAAAGUAUCUGCCUAUGCUGCUGCCUAUACUGCGGUUUUUGCACGGAAAGUGGUCCAGGGCAUUAUCAAGAGUUUGGGGAUGGGAGAAAAACCUUUAAUCCUCGAAGAAUUGUUGGUUGGAGAAGAACUUUCAAAGGGGACCAAGCGACCAGUGGCACAAGAAGUUUUGGAAAUGCGGCGGUGUCGGCGGCGACAUGGGACAAAGAGUCCUCCGUUCCCUGAGGACAUGGAUGAAGAUUCUUCAACUGGAGCUCAUGUGGUGGAUUGGAAAGGGGUAAUCACCAGUUUUGAAAGGGAUGUUCCAAGGGUUGGUGCGGCAUACUUUUGGAGGGAUGACCCCCGGGUUGUUCAACUUCAAGAGCAAUAUCCACAAAUCAACAUCCAAUUUGUCCUCUUGUGUCGGGGCACCGAAAGGUACCGAGUUCCAAAGAAUGACAUCAUUCGGGAUGAUAUCCCCCUUCGUAAAACUGUGGUUGUCCAUCGGCAAAGCGGUGAGGUCCAAGAUUUGGGUGAUUUUGAAGAAUGGCAGCAACUCUCAAAGGCCAAACAGGUGAGAAAGGCAGUCCCUGCAAAGAUUUCCAUCAGUGUUUUUGGGAAAAGGUGUCUUUUGGAUGGACCUGGUGUGGAAUCUCAAGAAAUGUCUGAUGUUGAGAUGCAUGCGCCUAUCACCCAACAAGAGGGAUCCUCUGUUCCAAGUUCAAUGACGGUUCUGGCCAAUUCUCAACAGAAAACAGUAGAAGAAAGCCAGCCCGAAGCAGAAGCGUUGGUUCCUGGAUGGGCCCCGAAAAUUGUUCCGAGGCAUGGGCCCGCUUUUAGAGCACUUAGUGCACAGCAGAGAACCGAUUUGGUCCGAUUGCAUCGUAAUUUGGGCCAUCCAGAUCCAGCGAGACAUCAGCGUCUCCUCCUCGAACAGGGUGCCGAGCCAACUGUGGUGCAAGGUGCUCUAGAUAUGCAGUGUGAUGUUUGUCUUGAAACCCAGAAGAAACCAAAGUUGCCUCAUCCUUCAUCGAUUCAUGAUGAUUUGGAUUUCAACGACGUAGUAGGGGCUGAUGGGGCUUACUGGAAGUCAAAGAUGGGACAAACAUUCCACUUUAUGCAUUUUAUCGAUGAGGGCACCCUUUUCCAUCUUGGCGCACCAAGCGGCAGAACUGUUGAAGAGCAGAUUAGGGUGUUUGAGGAUGUUUGGCUGCAUUGGGCUGGUCCGUGCAAAACUUUGUAUCUUGAUCCUGCUGGAGAGUAUGUAAACCCCAAAUGGAAUGAUCGGUUGCAGCAAGAAAACAUCCAGGUAGUCAUGGCUGCCGGGGAAAGCCACUGGCAAAUUGGCAGGGCUGAGAUACAUGGUAGGAUCAUCAAGGAUAUGUUGACUCGUAUGGACCAGGAAAACCCAAUAAAGGAUGGGGAAGAGUUUAAGCAGUGUUUGAGGCAAGCUUUUUCUGCAAAGAAUUCCCUGUCAAGAGCCAAAGGCUUCACUCCAGAGCAGGCGCUUCUGGGCAAAGCCCGAGCUCUGCCGGCUUCGCUGACCGCCGACUCCCAGGCAGGAGCUCACCUCUUGGCUGAGAGCUCAACCCCAGAGGGAGUGCGCUUCAGAGCUAGUCUAGAGCGUAGGGAGCAGGCAAGGCGAGCCUUCAUCAGGGCGGACAAUGACAGCUCUUGCCGGCGUGCGCUCCUCCGGAGGAGUCGACCAGGAGCGGUCGAAUUUGAAGCGGGAGACUGGGUCCUCUACUGGAAGAGGGUAAGGGGCUACAUAAGACAUGAGAGAGGCCGCUGGUAUGGUCCGGCUCAGGUCAUCACCAUUGAGAAAGCCCGAGUUGUGUGGUUGAGUCAUGGGGGAUACCUGAUUCGUGCCAGUCCCCAACACUUGAGGUGGAUUUUGACCUGGAAAGAUCCGUUGCCAGGCACGGUAGAAAAACGUGCCAAGGCACGACUGGUGAUUCUGGGAUUUGAAGACCCAGACAUCUCUUCAGUCCCGAACGAUGCUCCAACGUUGAGCAAGGAUGGAAAGCAGUUGGUUUUGCACAAGGUUGCCAGCUGUGGCUGGACUCUGAUUAAUUUUGAUGUUUCAACAGCUUUUCUGAAAGGAGCCGGGGACGGGAGACCACUUGGGAUACACCCACCACCUGAGAUUGCAGCGGCCCUGAAAAUGACAGCCAUGGACCAAUGCGGUUUGGAAGGGGGAGCCUAUGGGCGUAUCGAUGCACCCUAUCUUUGGUAUCAAUCAUUUAGGGAGACCCUGGAAAGUUUGGGGUUCAUGGUUUGUCCACUGGAUGGCUGUGUCUUCUCGCUUGUGACACAAGACUCACAAGGCCGACCUUGGGUGCGUGGUGUGCUAGGCAUACAUGUGGACGACGGGAUCGGGGGCGGAGAUGACUACUUCAUGAGUGUCAUAGAGCAGUUGCGGGGAAAAUACUCGUUUGGGGCAUUUAAUACUGGGGAAUUUGACUUCUGUGGUAUCCACUAUCGUCAAUGGAGGGAUGGAAGUAUUGAGAUGUGUCAAAAGAAGUAUAUCGAAAGAAUAGACCCGAUCCAAGUCUGUCGACAUCGUAGAAAGGAGCCUCAGUCACCAGUGACAGAAACGGAAAGACAAGUCUUCCGCCAGCUGUGUGGCUCUCUUCAAUACGCUGCGGUCCAAACCAGGCCUGACAUAAGCGCCAAGGUGGGUAUUCUCCAAUCACUGAUUCCAAAAGCAUGCAUAGAGGAUCUCCUCGAUGCGAAUCGCACUCUGUUCGAGGCCAAGAAAAAUCAUGUAAACCUUGUCAUUGUUCCAAUACCUGAGAGUCAGGUUUCAUUUUGUGCCUUUUCUGAUGCUUCCUUUGAGACAAAGAAAGGAACGGCCUCGCGACAGGGUACCAUCAUUUUCACGACAGAUUCUCGAAUGGCCGAGAACAAAUUGGCAGUGAUUUGUCCAAUAGCUUGGUCCAGCCGGAAAAUCCCUCGUGUCAUAAGAAGUACACUCAGUGCUGAGGCAUCAGCACUUAGCAGUACCUUGGAUAGGCUGAGUUGGUUGCGUUUGCUUUGGUCAUGGCUUCUGGACCCAAGCAUUGACUGGACCAAUCCCACCGAAGUGCUCAAAGAGUCUCCGCUGGCAUCAAUUGCAACGGAUUGCAAAUCAGUUUUCGAUUUGUCAACAAAGACAUCAACACCGGUGUGUGAAGAGUUCCGGACAACACUGGAGUGUCUAUUGAUUAGGGAAAGAUUGACUGAGAAUUGCAAACUCCGUUGGGUCUGUAGUCAGGCCAUGCUUGCAGACUGUCUGACAAAAGUCAUGGAUGGGGGUACUCUUAGAAAAGCAUUGGCACUUAAGAAGUACUCAAUGUUUGAUGAAUUGGACAUUCUGCGACAAAGAGCCGAUAAGCGUGAGCGUUUGAAGUGGCUGUCAGAGCAGGAGGCCAAG